GCGAUAGUAGCAUGCGCCUAGACUGAUACAAAAAGUCAAAAGCUUGCAGGAAGCCGGCCCGCCCUGCAGUCGAAACGCGGCAAGCCCGACCGGCUUGCAAACCCUGCGCAGGUGUGUCUAGGUCGACAGGCAAAAGGCUUUUAACAGCAAGGCCCUUGUAAAAGCCCAGAGUCGAGUUCAUCUUUGGGCAAUCGCGUCCUGUCGCUGUGCGUGCCUAAGGCCAAACGGUUUAGGUGCAAGUCCCUUAAACUUAGUUAGCGUGGCUGCAUUCACAUACGUACGAGCACAACGACUGGCCAAUCCUCACUAACGUUGCCGGCCGCAAGCGUCAAUUUAAGACACCCAUUCCCAUUGCCGUUGAGCCCCCAGCCGCUCGGGAAUCCAACGCCACUUUGCAAAGGUGGUUCCAGGUUACGGCUAAUCGCUGCGUUUUCGUUUUCGGGCCGCCUUGCACCCCCAGUGCAUUUCCCCUCGGCCAUGGCAACUCCCCCGAGCCUGGUGCUGGGCAUCUCCCUCUUCCGCCCAGGCGAGGCGCCGCAGCACGCGGAGAUGUGUGUGGACCCCACCACCACCGUGGCCGACGUGCGCAACCAUCUACACCUCAAGCUGGGCGUGCCGCCCUCGCGGCAGCGCUGGCUGGCCCUGCAGCAGCGCCACGCCGGGUGCCAGCUGUACAUGCCGGCAGGGUACGACAACACCAUGGUCGCGCUCAUGUUGGACGACUGCCGUACACUGGCGUCGUACGGCGGCCUGCGGCCGGAUCUCGAGAUCCAUGCCGCCGCCGCCGCCAGCCCCGCGACCGCGUUCGGUUACGCGCCGCCAGAAAUGACGGCGGCGCACCUGUCGACGAUUAAGGAGGGCGGCGUUAACGGCGGCGGCUGCAGCUUCGGCAGCGGCGGGAGCGGCCUAAGCAGCGAGGCUAGUGUGGCGGCGGCGGUUUUUGAGGACGAGUUCGCCAGCGCGCCCCUGCCGCCGCCGGCGGCGCCAUCCACGACGGCGGCGGCGGCGGUUACGUCAGUUACGUCGGCUGGUCUGUCCAGCGGCGCCAGCGACAGCUGUGUGCUGUCAGGCCCAGGCGGCGGCGGUUACGGUUACAGCUGUCGGCAGUCAACGGCCACGGCGGAGGCAACCACGACCCAGUUCGCCAACCUCAUGUUUGGCCGCGCCUCGGCGCCGGCGGCGCCCCUGACCACCGCCGCCGCGCUGUUCUCUUUGCAGCACUGCCAGCAGCAGCAGCAGCAGCAGUGCCCGCCGGCCCUGCUUUCGGCAUUCGCGUCCGAGUGCGCUGCCGCCUCUGGUGGUGCGGGUGCGGGUGGCAGCAGCAGCGCGCAGCAGCACUGGCUGCACAGCUCCGGUGCCGCCCACUCGGGCAUGAUGAACAGCUCCGGCUCACAAAUGGUGCUGCAGCCGUCGGGCUCGCUGGCCUCCGUGCAGCGGCUGGUGGGCGACAUGUACGAGUCGUACGAGGACCCCAGCGGCCGCAGCCUGUUCCUGAUGUGAACUACCCGCUGCUGUCGUACCUACUCAUGCACACGUGUGUCGUACCCACACGUGUGUCGUAACCACGCGUGUCGCACGCCCCGUUCCGCCGCCAGCAAGCGAAGUGCGUGUCCGAGUUGAAGGGAUCGGCGAGAAGAGCGCGGUGAGCGAGGCGGAGUGCGGAUCGGCACAAGGGAGUGAGUGAUGAGUCCGAGCAGGAGCAGUAGUACGGCAUUGUCACGUUUGGAGCAAGUGUGCGGAGGCAGAGUGCCGAAACGUGAGCGAGAGAGACAGAGCGGGUUAGAGUUCCACGAGCGAGCGUGCUGCCGCCGCCGCCGCGCCCUACAGGUAUGCUGGCACCAGCCACUGGUGCCGGCGGCGGCGUGCCUGCUGUACUAGUUGUGUGUUGGCCCUGUACCAAACACGCCGUACCCAAUACGAGGGGCUGCGCGGUCCGAAGCUAUGUUGGUACCGUAUCUUAACAACACGCCAGUUUUGAUCUCAAGAGAAGAGAUACUCAACCCUAAAUCACAUUUUUGCCUCGAGCCCAAGACAUUGCGUGUGUGCCUAAAUGCUGCUAUAACGCGGCCGUAUGUGCGUGUGUCUGCGCACUGGGUGCACCGAAGAGGUUGAGCGUGAGUUGUGUGUUGCGUGUGUGUGCAUAGUAGCACUCAAUGAAAUUGCAAGCGCCAGCGACGCGAGCUCGCGACAGCCCCCUGUGCACGGCUGUCACCUCGUCCUAAAUUCCUAAAGUAGCUGCGUCGCCGCUUGUUUGCUAUGCUACGGCGUUUGUGCUCCGUACGUACUUGACUGCCGCGUUUGUGUUGGGUUUGCUGCAGUGAUACGAGUGUGUGCAGCACGCUAGUAGCAUAUCUUCUCUUCGGGAGCGCGCAUUGCUCAUAUGCUGUGGCAGGUCCCGAGGACCUUACACGCAGGGGCGUUCGGAACAAACUUGCAUGAGCCAAAAGUGCAUUGCAAUCUCAGAAGUGGGAGCAACCUAAUACGGCACCUAAACAGACUCGUGAACGCACUGCCAUGGCCGUUUGUCUUGUGUGUGCUUCCUGUCCACGUUCCGUAUUUAUCUCCACUUUAGACCGGCUGCCAUCCAGACCGGUAAACUCCUAAACUAAGGUCUAUCAUGCAUGUGUGGGAGGCUCCGUGGUGAGAACGUGUACGGAGGCGUAUGUGUGUGUGUGUGUGUGCGUGUGUGGGGACAAAACAAAUUGCGUAUGUGGCGGGAAUAAAGGCUGUGCCUAUGUGUCCGUCUGUACGUGCUUGUGCGCAAAAGCAUCCGCAAGGCAUUGUGACAGACGAGGGUGCGCAGGUCCUGCGGGUCUCCGUGGGGCGUGUCGUGAGCGGUACGGAACAUGCACCGCCCCGCUGCAAAGGGGACCCCCGGAUAUGGGCCCUGACUUGCGAGACUUUAGUAGUAGUAUCGCUGAAUCAAGUGUAUUUCCUUUGGGAUUUCCUUGGGACUGUCUGUUUUGCCUGUGGGUAUAGUGACGCCUGAGGGGCGGGACGGCCACGCACGCUGCUUCGGCUGCAUGUGUAGCACAGAUGGCCUCCGGGGCUGCGGGUGCCUGCGACAGUCCAUUGAGCGUGUGCGCGUGUCCGGCCGGAGUGAAUGGCGAGCGAGUGGCAUGGAGUGAAAAAGUGCAUGGAGGAGUCCACAGUCAUGGCGCAGAGAUCCGUCGGUCGGCAUGGUAUCCAAGGAUGGCGGAAAGAAUGCGAGGCGCGCCGUGGUGUGGUGUCAACUGUGCACGUAACCGCGUGUCGGUUGCUGUGCGCGCGCGGUGUGUGCCGUUUCCGAGGAACAAAAUUGGUAUGGGGAAUAAGCGUGGGCAGCAGGGCACAGGCAAUAAGUUUGCGACGCUGCAAGAGCGGGGACAACGGUUUGGGUGUGCAGGCACGCAGAUGCCGUUGGUGUGUGCGCCGCCCAUAAGCAGGCGUGGCGCGAUGUCGACAUGCCUAUGCAGGCGAGCGAGCACUGCAAUGGUCUAGGUGGAGACGGAUGGAGGAAGGAUAAAUCCUGGGCGCGUGGACGGAACGUGUUUUAGCAGGCACUGCAAUGCACGGCGCAGUACAAAGCUAACAAAAGGGCGGUUUGCGCACGUACGUUCCGCUUUGCAUUCUUGACACACUGUAACGGGAUUGACACAUGCGCUCGUGUGCGUGCUGGUGCGAAGACGGGCAGUUCGAGGCCACAAGAGUUUGCACAUGCAUUUGCUUCGGUUGUGCCUUUGUGGCUGAUGGCGCGAUGCCGGAUGCCUGCCUUUCUUUUACUUUCCCUGCCCCCCCUAUACUGUCAGUACAGACUACCGACACGGGCGCCUCCGUACAGCAUGUUGCACUGUGCGAUGGCGGGUGCCCGCUAGUUAGGCUUGGUUUGGUUUAAUUUGUCU